AAAAAAAGAAAGAGCGGAGAAGAUUAACAUUUAAUCUUCUCCAUCUCCCUCGUAAUAAGAAAAAAAAUCAAAUUCUAGAGGUUUUUUAGAAAACGGUGGCUCUAAUUCGGGUGUUUCUUCAGGUUCUCAUGGCCCCGAGCAAGCUUAGGAAAGCCAUUGGGGCCGUGAAGGACCAGACGAGCAUUAGCCUCGCCAAAGUGGGCUCCACCGACUCUCUCUCUGACUUGGAGGUCGCAAUCGUGAAGGCGACGCGACACGAGGAGCACCCGCCCGAGGAACGCCACGUGCGGGAGAUUCUCGGCCUGACCCGCUACUCACGGGCCCACGUGGCGGCGUGCGUCGCCGCCGUGUCCAAGCGGCUGAGCAAGACCAAGAAUUGGGUGGUGGCGGUGAAGGCGCUCAUGCUCGUCCACCGCCUCCUCAAUGACGGCGACUCGGCGUACGAGCACGAGGUCUUCUUCGCCACCCGGCGCGGGACCCGCCUCCUCAACAUGUGCGACUUCCGAGACGCGUCCCGCUCGGAGGACUCGUGGGAUUUCUCCGCGUUCGUGAGGACGUACGCGCUUUACCUCGACGAGCAGCUCGAGUUCCGCAUGCAGACCCGUCGCAAAAAGCGGAGAGGUUUCACUUACGACGAAGACGAGGAGGAGGAGGAGGCCGCAGCGGCGGCGAGGGCUCUCACGCCGGCGAAAGAGAUGAACAAUGAGGUGGUCUAUUCAAGAAUCCAUCACUACGUCCACAUUCUUCAACGAUUCUUGGCAUGCAAACCUACAGGUGCUGCAAAGAGAAACAGGAUAGUGCUGGUAGCUCUGUAUCCUGUGAUCAAGGAAAGCUUCGUAAUAUACCAUCAAAUGGCGGAACUGAUGGAGAUCUUGAUUGACCGAUUCAUGGAGCUCAGCAUUCCCGAAUCCGUUAGAGUCCACGAGAUUUUCUGCCGCGUCGCCAAGCAAUUCGACGAGCUUGAGCUCUUCUACAACUGGUCCAGAUCCAGCGGCAUCGCCAGGUCCUCCGAGUAUCCCGACGUGGAGAAUUAUCCGCAGAAGAAGCUCGAUCUCAUGGACGAUCUCAUCCGGGAGAAAUCCGAGAUCGAGUGGAGGAGGCGCAACGAGCACGCGCCGAGAUCGGACGAACGGGAACCGGAUCCGGAUCUGGAUCCGGACAUGAACGCGAUUAAGGCUUUUCCGCCGCCGCCGCCGACGCAGGGAGAUCUAUUGGCGGAGACGAAAGAGGAGGAGACGUCGGAGAAGGAGAAGGUGGCAGUAGUAGGCGAUUUGUUGAGCUUGGCGGGAGAUGAAGCGGCGGCUCCGCAAGACGACGCGGACCGGUUGGCUUUGGCUUUAUUCGACGGUGGUUGUGAAUCGGGAUCCGCCGCCGCCGCCAGCGCGGUUUCGCCGUGGAAGGCAUUCAACGAUUCCGGAGAUUGGGAGACGGCGCUGGUUCAAUCCGCAAGCUACUUGUCGAGCCAGAAGGCACAACUUCCCGGAGGCUUUGACACGUUACUUCUCGACGGGCUAUAUAAACAGGGUACAAUGAAUCAUGCAAUGGCGACCUCCAACACGAUGGCUACCGGGAGUGCGAGUAGCAUCGCGUACGGGCCACCUAUGUUGGCCCUCCCGGCACCGGUUGAAUGCGGGCCCAUCACCCCGCAUGGAUACAUGGACCCAUUCGCAGCGUCACUUUCCAUCCCGCCACCAGGGUACGUGCAGAUGUCGGAAAUGGAGAAGAAACAGAGACUCUUAAUGGAAGAGAAGCUAAUGUGGCAGCAAUAUGCAAGGGAUGGGAUGCAAGGCCAGGCCGGGUUCGCGAAUGUCCAAAUGACCAACUUUUACCCGUACACCCGAACCUAUUGAUCGAAAAAGAAACUGCUCUUUUGGUC